AAAUAAAAAACACCCGUCUGAUCUUGUAUUGCUUCUCAUAUUGAUUCAUUAUAUCUCUUUCUGGUUUUCAUUUUAGUCCAUCAAAUAUAGAAAGUGCUUGUUGGUUUUUCUGAAAACAAAGCGGCGCACAAAGGAGAAAGAUACAAAAAGAAAGGUUGCAAAAAUGAAGAUGGGAGAACAACAGCUUCAACACCGCCAAGUUUUUGACGUCUCACUCGACGUUCCUCAGCAACCCGGCUCCAAAUGCUUUGACGACGACGGCCGUCUCAAGCGAACCGGGACUGUUUGGACGGCAAGUGCCCACAUAAUAACGGCCGUUAUUGGGUCUGGAGUUCUGUCGCUGGCUUGGGCCACAGCUCAGCUGGGAUGGAUUGCUGGUCCUGCUGUGAUGUUCUUGUUCUCCUUUGUCACUUACUACACUUCAACUCUUCUCUCCGCUUGUUACCGCACUGGGGACCCUGUCACUGGCAAGAGGAACUACACUUAUAUGGAUGCUGUUCGAUCCAACCUAGGUGGACUUCGGGUCAGGAUUUGUGGGCUUUUUCAGUACCUGAAUCUUUUUGGAGUUGCCAUUGGGUACACUAUCGCAUCGGCUAUAAGCAUGAUGGCAAUCAAGAGGUCUAACUGCUUCCACAAGAGUGGUAGGAAAGAUCCAUGCCACAUGAGCAGCAAUCCCUACAUGAUUGCUUUUGGUGUCACUGAGAUAAUCUUCUCUCAAAUUCCUAACUUUGAUCAGCUAUGGUGGCUCUCCCUUGUUGCUGCUGUUAUGUCCUUCACUUACUCUACAAUUGGACUUGGACUCGGAAUUGCUCAAGUUGCAGCAAAUGGAAAAGUUGCAGGAAGUCUCACAGGAAUAAGCAUUGGAACUGUGACUCAAACUGAAAAGAUAUGGAGGAGCUUUCAAGCACUUGGUGACAUAGCUUUCGCCUACUCUUACUCCAUCAUCCUUAUUGAGAUUCAGGACACAAUCAAAUGCCCACCACCAUCAGAAGCCAAGACAAUGAAGAAGGCCACUCUAAUCAGUGUGUCAGUGACAACCCUUUUCUACAUGCUUUGUGGCUGCAUGGGAUAUGCCGCUUUCGGAGACAUGUCCCCCGGAAACCUCCUCACUGGCUUUGGCUUCUACAACCCAUAUUGGCUCCUAGACAUAGCCAACGCCGCCAUUGUAAUCCACCUUGUUGGUGCAUACCAAGUCUACUGCCAACCCCUCUUCGCCUUCGUCGAGAAACAAGCAGCACAGAGGUUCCCGGACAGCGAAUUCAUCACCCGAGAUAUCAGGAUCCCCCUCCCAGGUUCACGCUUCUACAACCUCAACCUCUUUAGGCUGGUUUGGAGGACAAUCUUUGUGAUAUUAACCACCUUGAUCUCGAUGCUGUUACCGUUCUUCAACGACAUCGUUGGCCUUCUUGGGGCCCUCGGAUUUUGGCCGUUGACUGUUUACUACCCUGUGGAGAUGUACAUUGCGCAGAAGAGAAUACCAAAGUGGAGCACCAAAUGGCUUUGCCUACAAAUCUUGAGCUUUGCUUGCCUUAUCAUAACUGUGGCUGCAGCCGCCGGCUCAAUUGCUGGUGUAAUUCUUGACCUCAAAUCCUAUAAGCCCUUCAAGACCGACUACUGAAUUUGAGAUUUGAGAAUAAGAAAUAUAUCACAGAAGUAUCCCAAUUCUACUCCAGCGUUUCCGAAAACAAGGGAAGGAAUUGGCCGUUUAGAAUUUCAUUUCUUAAGUUGAUGUUAAUGUCCAUAACAAGCCUGAAUUGGUCAUGUUAUUGUUCUUUUUCAGUAGUUCUGCAACUUCAGUUCUUGUUUUUUUUGCCUUCUUUUACUGUCUCUUUAGGGGAAAAGGAUAGGCAGGGCCAUGUAUGUACGUAAAUGAAAUUGAAACAUGAGUCUCUGAUCCAAAGUACGUUUUUAACUCUCUCUAGUUUCCAAUGCCAAAAUAGAAAGAUGUUAAGCUAAAACUUAAUGACAUUUCUAAUUUCUUCCCCCACA